ACGCCCCAGCUCUCUCCUGCAGGAACGACCGCGCCGCAGGAAGGAACGACUCCAGGAUGGGCUGUUGCGGCCGCUUCUGGAGGGACUUCAGGCAGGAGUGGAGCUUCAGGAACUGCAAGCUGGAGCACCCGGACCCCCACCUCUUCCUGGCGUCGGAGUGGCAGGGCGGCGAACUCCGGGCGUGAAGCUGUGGUACGCCCUGUAUCGGUGGGCGUGGGCGGUCUACCACUUCUCCUGGUGGGUGGCGAGCCUGGUGUGAGCGAAGGAGGUGUCGACUCGUCCAUCGGAAGAAAAAAGCCUACCACUUCACUACCUCACGAACUGGUCCUAUAUUUCCAUCGUGGUGAUGACGACGACCCAGGCGACCAUCGUGACCUUGGCCUACCUCCAGGGGCGCGGCAACCCCAGCCCGCCCAAGACCAUGAAGGCGCGGCUUAAGGUGUUGUGGGUGAUGCAGAACCUGGUGUAUCUUCCUGCUCUCCUCAUAACAGCUGCCUAUUGGAGCGCCAUUUAUGAUCCACAGUCCCCCGUGACGGCCCUCAACGCCCGAGGUCCACAUCAUCAACUCCGUCUACGUUAUCCUCGACCUCCUGAUCGCCGCCGGCCCCGUCCGCAUCAUGCACUUCUACCUGCCGCUCGUGUUCAUGUUCAUCUACGCCGCCUUCACCCUCGUGUACUGGGCGACGGGCGGCACCACACCCGAAGGCAGCUCGGCCAUCUACCCGAUCCUCGACUGGGACAACCUCGAGGUCACGCUGCCCUUCGUCGUCUGCUGCACCGUCUUCAGUCCGCUGAUGCAGGCCGUGGUGUGGCUCAUCACCUGGGGCAGACGGACCUCGCGGGAGCAGUGUUGCCAGCGCUCCGGCUCGGCCAACCUGCCCCACGAGAACACCAUGGACGUCAUCAUGGCCCGAGACGCCUCCACGGACAGCGUCGCGGCGAACGUCAACGCCGGGGCCAACAACCUGCUCGUCUAGGCCGUCUAAAGGGCGUCGAGGAGGAGGAGAAGGAGGAGGAGGCCCCGAAGGAAAGGGGGGACCAAUCGCCCAAUCCUGGAGGACUCCCGGACGCCCCAAUCCUCGAAUCUUCUCUCUUCAGUUCACUCCAAUACUGCCAUACGUUGUUACCAAGGAAGCCCGACGCGGAGGACCCCUCGACGCUUCCUCCCCGAAGAGUCUCUGCCGCAGGAAAUGACCCCCGAGAGGAGGCUCACCAAGAAGUAUGUUCUGGGAACAUUGUCUUUACCUCGCUCCCUUCUGCAGGAGGGAACACACCAGUAUUCCUUUGUUUUUAAGUAAGAUAUUUGUAUAUAUAAAACAACCAAAGAACUUCGACGUUUUCGUUGAGAAAGAAAAGCCAGUGAACCUAAGAAAUAUGUAGUACGUAAGUGUAUUGUUCCAUGUGCAAUGUAUUUAUAUGCUGGUUGUCAAUAAGUGUGGUUGAAGAACUAUGUGCAAAGAACAUCCAAGAGUUACUUAUUUAGUUUUAUAGAGUCUUGUUCCUUUUUAAUUCUAAGAAAGAAAGAAAAGGGUGAAAAAAUAAACACCCUUUCAGAAUCUGCUUUCGUGAAGUCUGCACUGAAAUCUACGUGAUUUUUUUUUAAACGUCUGUUUAUUAAGUCUCAUAUAUAUCUGUCUAUUUAUCAUGAAGAUAUAUGUACUGUCUACUUACACUUACGGGAUGUAAGUGUGCCAUUUAUCGGUUGUGUGUUCUGUUUUGUGAAAUAGAGCCACGUGGUAUAAAUAUGAGAGACCGCAGGCAUUAAUUUUUUCAAUUGUUUUUAAUCUAAGAAUAGAAAAUAGAAUUUAAAGAUUUCUUUUUUCAGUUUUCUAUGUUAGUGUUUGUAAUUAUUUUUUCUUAUAUUGAUAGGAGAGAAAAUACGUAUGAUUUCUUAACGUUUUGGAAAACGUUCAUAUGUAGGUCUAUCAAAAAAAAAAUUAUUGUGGUUUGUGUAUGCUAUUAUAUUUUCUUUGUUGAUUUACUGCUAAUAUUUGAGCUAAAGAAUGACAAGACAUAUUAUCAUUUACCGUAAGAUUAUGUCCUUUAAAACCUGUAUGAUAAACAAAUAAAUAUUUUCUUAGAAAGUUUACAUGAUGGGGAUAAAAACCUGGAAACUUAACAUACAUUCCAUAUACUGUCUCUGUGAAAAAAUAUAUAUUGAUGUAUCUGUUUGCUUUUACUAUGACAGCUGUGUAAUUUACUUUGACAAUACUGACAACAAGGCAAUCAGAAUUUUCCAAUUAAUGAGGAGAGCCCAUUGAUAACAAAUGUCAUGAAAUAUAUAAAGGAAAUUGAGUAAUUCUGAAAUGCAAAAUAUAUGAUGAACAUUUUUUUUACCACAUCUUCAAAAUUCGUAGGUCAAAGGAAAUUGCUCUCUUAAUUCUGAUGAUAUGACAUCGAAUUAAUUCCAUAUCUUGUCCGAGGAAUUAUAAAAAAAAAAAAUCAGUCAUAUUAUUUUUCAGAUAAUGUAUGAAAGAUAAAUAAAAAAAUAUAUAAACAGUAUAUAUAUAUAUAUACAUGUUCUAUGUCCAUGUCAAUAGUAAUCACUGUUUUUUUCGGGUAUAUAUAAAUCCUAUUGCAAUAUCAUCUACUUAUUGACUGUCAGAAGCUUUAAAAAAUGUCAUGUUUUCAUAAUUAUUUCCUUUUAAUGUGUAGGUAUCAGUUCCAAAAAUAAAUAGGAAAAAUAAAUUACCGCUUACAAUUCCUUUAAAUAAAAGCUCUGGUGUGGAUUGAACUGAUGAUCUGCAAUAAAGAUCACAUUUGCAGAAAUAAAACUGAAAAAAAAGGAAUUUGAAAUACAAGUAGGUUUCCAUUUUAGUGUUUGUACUCUGUUUUCUAUAUUGGUACGAUAUAAAAAAAUAAAUACAUAGGAAAAAUA